AUGGAAAUUAUGAAUGAGGGCACUGUACAACUGCGGAUGCUUCCGGAUCACUCGAAGGAAUUCACGGCAUUUGGGCGGCGGUGCCCCCAUUUGGGGGAAGGAAAAACGUCAACGUCAAUACUUCGAUGCAUAGAAGUUCGCCUUAGGCAGAUAGAGGAAUCCUUCUGGAGAGUCCUAGCCCAUGACGCUGAGGUUGUUGCGUGGGACAUCGGCAUGGAUGCUGCGCUGAGGGCAAUUCUUUACCCGGAGUAG